AUGGAUGAAGAUGGAUUCUUGCCAACUGUUCAUUUUCGAUCUAAAAAUUCACAUACUGAACUACCCGAAUAUACAUCAAACCGAAGAUCUCGUCCUUAUUCGUCUGACUGGCAACAAAAAAGGAAAAACCAACUUUAUGGAAAUUACCCAAAAUGGAACAAAAAAAAUAAUAAUCAAGACGAAGAACAAAAUGAUGACAUUCAAGAAUAUGAAAGACCAGCUAAACGACUUUCUUUAUCAAAUUCAACAGCAUCUAAAUGGAGUCAAUAUCGAAAAAAUGCUGAAGAUAAUGAUAUUGGAAAUUCAAAUCUUUCAGAUAAUAAUCUAAAAGGUCAAUUUCAAAGAUCUUUUAGUAGUUUUAUUACAAAAAAGUUUAUUCCUCAUAAUUUGGAUGAAUAUGAUACUUUAUCAAAACUUGGUGAUCAAAGAAGCUUUCAAAGAUCACUGGCUAAUUCUCUACUUGAAACGAGAUCUGUAGAGAAUUUGAAUCCAACUUCAUCAAUCAUGGAACGUAAUACUUUAAAAAAUGUAGUGACUCGAAAAAAAAGUGAUUUAAUGACUAAAAUUGCUGGACCUAUCGAAUUCCUUCCUACUUAUCAUAAUGAUAUUCGAGCACUUGCCGCAAGACCUGAAUUAGCAAAGUUUGAUGACAUAACUCUCAAUAAUGUAAUAAAACGUUACAGGGAGAAAAACGCCUCUGGUUCCAAACCUUUUGAACCUCCCAAAGCUAUCGAAAUAUCCAAAGAAGAAUGGGAUAUUAUGAUGAGAACCCUAGAACUGUCAGAAGAAUUUAGCCGGAAUACUAUAAAAGUAUUGAAACAAUGGCAAGAUAUUAAAGUCAAAAUUCCAUUUACUGUUGGAAAAAUUGUUGAACUAGAUUUGAAUAAAAAAGUCGCCACUAUUGCAGAUUAUACAGGAAAAAUACAAAUAAUUAUUCAUGAAAAAGUACAUCGAGUUCAUGGUCGACAGUUUCAAAUUGGUACAAUUAUUGUACUAAAGAACGUAGCAAUUCUUCGUUCUAUUGAAAAUACAUAUCUCAAUGUAACCGUCGCCAACAUUUAUUUGAUAUUAGAAGCUGAACGAUCAAAUAAUCUUGACUCAAUAUUACCUGACGAGGUAUUAACUAUCGAUCUUACUAAAGAACCUAACGAAGAUGUAAAUACGAAUAUUAAUCAGAUCGAUAUUACCAACAAUUCUGAUAAAAAUAAAAAUGAAGGAAACUCUGAGGUUAAUGAAUCGACAAGGGAUAAUGAAUCUCAAAUGAAAGUAAUAUCGAUUUCGAAUAAAGAUCCGGAAAAUAAUAGCUUUAUGAUAUCUAAUAUGGAAGAUCCUGAAGAUAUUUCAUGGAUGUUGGAUGACUUGGAAGAAGUAUUUGAGCCGGAGCAACUACUAAGCAAGUCUGGACAAUUCGUUGGUAUCACACAAGAAGUUGUAGAUGAAUACACGUUCACUCAAUAUUUAGGUUAUCACGAGGCUAAACGACAACUUCGAAAGCAUUGGUCAACAUGGGUCACUGAAAAAGAUAUAGCAACCUUGGCUUCUUAUGGAUUAAAUCAUCUUAGGAUACCUAUCGGUUAUUGGGCCUUAGACAAGAUACCAGAAGAACCAUUUGUCAAAGGCGCUUUCCAAUAUUUAGUUAAAGCAGUUAUAUGGGCUAAGAAAUAUAAUUUAAAUGUUGUUCUCGAUUUACAUGGUGCACCAGGCUCUCAGAAUGGAUUCGAUAACAGUGGUAGACGAGGUCCCAUUGGUUGGCAAACUAGUUCUCCGGAUAAUAUCCCACGUACUAUUAAAGCCAUUAAAAUCAUGAUUGAAAGUUGGGGUGGUAACCAAUUUAAUAUAACGCAAAAAUUUUAUAAAGAUUCAUACAAAGUUAUUCGUCACGUGAAUAGCGAUAUUUUAAUUAUAUACCAUACUGCCUUUUUACCUCUUAAUACUUGGCAAAAUUUUCUAAGUUCUUCAGAAUUCGAUCGAGUCGCCUUGGAUACUCAUAGUUAUGAUGUUUUUGACUACUCUUUAUUGGCUCAGAAUCAAGAACAACGAUUAAAUUUUGCCUGUUCAAAUAAAGCGGACAUUACUUCUAAUCAAGGUAUUUGGACAUUGAUUGGAGAAUGGAGUCUCGCCAUAACCGAUUGCACAAAAUGGUUAAAUGGUUUUGGUCGUGGUGCUAGAUAUGAUGGAACUUAUGAAGCAGAUCAUGGUCCAAUUUGUCCUUCUUGCACGUGUAAAGGUGAAGGUGAUUAUUCAAAAUGGACUGAUGAUUAUAAAAACUAUUUGAAACAAUUCGCAUCAGCUCAGAUGGAUGCUUACGAAACUGGAAUUGGUUGGAUCUUUUGGAAUUUUAAGGCGGAAAAUUCUCCACAUUGGGAUUUUAUGCUUGGAAUUCAACAAGGUUGGAUCCCCCUAAAUAAAAUGGAAAUAGACAAUAACAAAUCAAAUGUUUAUACAACUUCAAAAGAUGAACAAAAUGAAAAAUUAGUUCCAAAAUUUUGGAUUGAUAAAUAUAAGAAAGAAGCUUCGAAAAAUUGGGAUUUAUUUUAUAAAAGAAAUACCACUAACUUUUUUAAAAAUCGUAAUUGGAUUGGACGUGAAUUUUCCGAACUUUCAGUUGAGAAUGAUCCCAAGUUAGAACAAAAAAUUAUUUUAGAAUUAGGUUGUGGUGUAGGAAAUUUUGUUUUUCCGGUUUUGAAAUCGAAUCCUAAUUUCUUUAUUUACGCUUGUGACUUUUCGAAACGUGCUAUCGAAUUUGUUAAGAAUCAUGAACAAUAUGAUAAUUUAAGAUGCCAUGCCUUUGUUUGUGAUUUAACGACAGAUAAUUUAAAAGAUCAUAUACCAUCAAGAAAUGUAGAUGUUGUUUCAUUAAUAUUUGUAUUGUCAGCUAUACCUCCAGAAAGCCAUUACAAUGUAAUUCGCAAUAUUUCAGAGGUUACAAAAAAAGGAUCAAUAAUAUGUUUUCGUGACUACGCGAAAAAUGAUGAAGCUGAAAUUAGAUUUUCAAAUAUAACAGCUCAACAUAAAUUACAAGAAAAUUUUUAUGUUAGACAAGACGGAACUAUGUCUUAUUUUUUUACUAUCGAAUAUUUAAAACAAAUAUUUGAACAAAAUGGUUUUUUUGAAUUGGUUGACGGAGAUUAUGUUGCAAGAGAGACUAUUAAUAGAGCGAAGAAUUUAUGUGUUGAUAGAAAAUUUUUACAAGCUAGAUUUAAGAGAUUGUAG